AUGAGUAACAGUCCACGCCGACACCAAAUUGUUCAUGCCAUUGAUUGUAAUGUUGAAAAUGGGCCCCCACUAGAUUUCUCCUUCAAGCACAUCGAAACGCUCUCUGAUCUCCGCAAUGAAGAACCCAGGCUUGGAAAAGUCAAAUACAAAAUAAGCUCUUCCGGCAAGCACCAUACCAACUCUUUACGAAUUAACAAUAAUUAUGUUAAAAACUUUGACGGCUUUCCAGAAGUAGUAGAAAAACUUCUGGAUAAACCAAAUGGUUUGUCAUGGCUAGAUUUGUCUUUCAACAGUAUAACAAAAAUUGACAAGGUCUUGCUUAAUUAUCCAUGUAUAAAAGUUUUAUAUCUACAUGGUAAUAAAAUCGAAGAUAUAGAAGAGAUUGAUAAACUAGCAUCUUUAACUGAGCUGAAAUCGAUAGCACUCCAUGGUAACCCUAUUGUUGACGUACAGGGAUAUAGGAAUUACGUUCUUUCUCUCCUUCCUAAUCUAAGGCAAUUGGAUUUUAGUGCUGUUACAAAGCAAGAUAUACGAUUAGCAGCUGAUUGGCGCAAAAUGGGCAAUGCUAGAAAGCUGAAAUCGCCUCGAAAAAAGAAACAGCAACAAAAUGAUCAGUGA